CCGGAGUCUGUCCCAAACUUCAAGGUCGUCGAAGCCCUUCACUCUCACCAUGGCUUUCUUCAAGCAAGUCUGGACUCUCAUGUCCAAAAACUUCCGGCACCUGCUAUGUCGCCAUACCACAAAGGUCUUCUUCAUGGCCUUCCUCCUGCCCAUCGUCCUGGCCGCCUUCUUCACCUUCGCCAAGUACCUCUUCGUUCCGCCUGCAAUCUUCGGCUUCGGAGUGGUCCAUCCUGUCAAGACACUCGCGCAAGCGUUUGACGAUGCUUUCGACAGCGGGCGGCACAAGGUCGUUUUAGUCGACAACGGAUUCACAGGGGGCGACAUCGGGAUCGUGCUAGAUCACCUUCAAGAGCAAAUAGCAGCACAGGGGCCUCACAUCAAUGUCGUCAGGGCAAGCAGCGAAGACACUCUCUUCACGGAGUGCCCAAGUAGCUUGCGCGGGGUUUCCAACUGUUUUGGGGCUGUCGUCAUGCGUUCGUCUCCCAGUGAGGGACACGGCGGUAUAUGGAACUACACCCUUCGCACGGAUGCCGAGAUGGAGUCCAGUCCCGUCAAGAUCAACGUUGAAAGGUCUGACAAUGCCGAAGAGGUCUAUCUUUUGCCCAUCCAGCGCGCCAUAGAUAGCAUCAUCGUCGGCCUGAACGAUACCGAGGCUGCCCAGGCCAUGGCCAACACCCAGGAGAUGCCCUAUACCACCUUGAAUCAGAAGGAAAGACAGCUCAAGAUCAGAGCAAUCUUUCACAAGGCCAUCGUGAGCUUUAUGGGAGUCGCUUUCAUCGCCUCCAUCAUCUGGAUCACAUACCACCUAAGUGGUCACAUCGCCACAGAGCGUGAGACUGGUAUGUCGCAGCUCCUGGACGCCAUGAUGCCCGUCAGCAAGCCGUGGCAAGCCUUGGCCGCUCGCAUCAUUUCUCAUCAUCUUUCCUUUUCAAUCGUCUAUGCGCCUGCCUGGGUCAUCGGAUCCAUCAUCAUCCGCUACGGUGUGUUUGCCUAUACCAGCCUGGCCAUCGUCCUCUUUUUCCACAUCACUGCAGGUCUUGCUCUCGCGUCGUCGUCCGUUUUCGUCGCCUCUUUCUUCAAAAAGGCCCAGCUCAGUGGUAUCGCCGCCAUACUUGCCGUCCUCUUGCUGGGCAUCCUGGCGCAGUCUCUUACACUGCCUCACACGGCACCCGUGCUCAUCUUGUCUCUGCUUUUCCCUCCCUGCGCCUACGUUUACUUCAUAACGCUCAUGUCUCGCUUCGAGAGAGCCGGUAUGCCAGCCAACCUUGUCGAGAUAGCCCCGGGCAGCCCAUGGAAGCUGCCAGGCAUCGCUCUCUGGCUCUUUCUGAUUGCUCACAUAUUCAUCUACCCUCUCCUCGCUGCACUCGUGGAAGAACACCUUUAUGGUACCGCUACGACAGGCCGGAAAGUGUUGAAGCAGGGAGACAACAGUCUUGGUGAAGAUGCCGUGCGGCUUGAUGAGUUCACCAAGGUCUACCAACCGUCCGUCUCUCAGAGGAUAAAGUCCUUGGCCUCCAAGCCAUCAGACCCUGUUAUAGCCGUCAAGCAAUUGAGUUUCAGCGUCAGCAAGGGCCAGAUUGUCGCGCUUCUGGGUGCCAACGGAAGCGGCAAAAGCACGACCUUGGAUGCCAUUGCUGGGUUGAACAGAGUAACCAGCGGGAAUAUCACCAUUGAUGGACACGGUGGCUUGGGCAUUGCGCCACAGAAGAAUGUCCUGUGGGACGAUUUGACUGUUGAGGAGCAUCUCGUCAUCUUCGACAAGCUUAAAUCACCCAACGCGCCUGCGAGCAAAGGGGAGAUUAGCGAACUGAUCAAGUCCAUCGACCUCGUCCACAAAACCAAGGCUCUCGCCAGAACCUUGUCCGGGGGUCAGAAGCGAAAAUUACAGCUUGGAGUGAUGUUGGUAGGCGGGAGCGCAGUUUGCUGUGUCGAUGAGGUGAGCAGUGGCAUUGAUCCGCUAUCUCGACGCAAGAUCUGGGAUAUUCUGCUCGCCGAGAGAGGGAAGAGAACUUUGAUCCUGACCACGCAUUUCCUCGACGAGGCAGACCUUCUCGCUGAUCACAUCGCAAUCCUAUCGAAAGGCACUCUCCGGGCCCAAGGUUCCUCUGUCGAGCUCAAGGAUCGCCUCGGGGGCGGUUAUCGGGUCAGCGUGCACAAGAAUCCGGAUCAUCAACUUUCUCCUGAUAUCGCUGGGGUGAAGAAGAACGACGCCUUUGAUCUGGUUACCUAUACUGCCCCCACGUCCAAUCUGGCGGCACAGGUCAUCAAGGAACUCCAGAAGGCUAACAUAACGGAUUAUCGUUUCUCGGGCCCGACCAUUGAAGAUGUUUUCUUGCAGGUUGCGGAGGAGAUUAAGGAUGAGGAGGUAUUCGCCGGGACCAACACCAUCGUGGAGAAAAUACCUAUCAAGGAUGACAGCUCUUCGCAGGGCCACAGCCGACACACGGGGCCAGGAAUCGGUCUCGAGCUGCUUAAUGGCCGACGGGUGAGCUACUUUGAACAGGCGGUCAUCCUGUUUCAGAAACGCUGGACGGUCUUGAAGAGAAAUUGGGCGCUAUAUUCUGUUGCUUUCCUACUCCCCGUCAUGGCGGCAGGAUUGACGUCUCUUUUCGUCAAGGGCCAUAGCCCGACGGGAUGCAAACCCAUCGACUCAGAUUCGACCUCUGAAGCUGCGGACGCCUUUACUCAGAUCAAAAACGGCGAUAGCCUUUCUUUCCUUGCUGGUCCGGCUAGCAAGUUUAACUCGCUACAGGCUUCGUCUCUCUUCCAGCCCAUUCUUGCGAGCAGUCCGGGUCCUAUUGUGUCCAUCGCUACGACGUCCCUAAAUAACCUUCAUCUCGUCGACACAUACAAUGAGUUCAAUCAGUACUUACGGGACCAUAACAAGAACAUCACCGCGGGUUUGUGGCUCGGCGACUCCGGCACAAAUCCCACGAUUGCCUGGGUUGCCAACCUGAUCGUUACGAGCCCCCUCACGGCCCAGCAAUUCCUCGACGUGAUGUUGACCAACACGACGAUUGCAACGUCCUGGGCCCCCUUUGAUACUCCUUACAACUCGUCCAUUGGGAAAGCCCUGAAUCUGGUCAUCUAUAUGGGUCUGGCCCUCGCCUGCUACCCAGCAUUCUUUGCUCUUUACCCGAGCAACGAACGCAGGCGCUUCGUGCGCAGCUUACAGUACUCCAACGGCGUCCGACCCUUUCCCUUGUGGAUGGCUUACCUCUUGUUCGACUUUGUCAUGGUCCUUGCCAGCUCCGCGAUAGUAACGGCUGUGUGGGCUGGGCUGUCAGACAUCUGGUACCAUAUUGAAUACAUCUUUGUAGUGCUCCUCUUCUAUGGCCUGGCCUCCAUAUUGGUGUCCUACUUGGUGUCUCUCUUUACCAGGUCGCAGCUGGCCACAUUUGCUUGGGCGGCUUUCGGGCAAGCGGUCUUUUUCCUCGGAUACUUGAUCGCCUAUGUCUGCGUCGUCACGUAUGUCGAGAUUGACAAGAUUGACAAGACUUUGCUGGUCUGUCAUUUUGUCAUUUCAGCAUUCAUGCCCAUCGGCUCGGUGGCCAGAGCCAUGUUUCUCGCCGCGAACCUCUUCGCUACGGCCUGCGAUGACAUCGACCUCUCUAAAACCCCAGGUGGCCUGAAGCAAUACGGAGGUCCCAUUCUGUAUCUCAUCAUCCAAUGCUUGAUUCUGUUCGGGCUAUUGCUUUGGCUAGACAGCGGGAAUGUGGGAUCCUCUGUGAGAGCUUUCUUCAAUAGGCACAAGCAGCCACGCGAUGUCAUUGAGUCAGAUGAAGAAGUGGUGAAUGAGCAGCUGAGGAUCUUGGACCCGGCAGCAGAUGACGGUCUCAAAGUCUCUCAUCUGACAAAAUCCUUUGGCAAGAAUUACGCCGUGGAAAAUGUCAGCUUCGGCGUCAAGCGUGGUGAGGUUUUUGCUCUGUUGGGCCCGAACGGAGCGGGCAAGUCCACGACAAUCUCUUUAAUUCGGGGCGAUCUAAAGCCAAACCUCAACGGUGGAGAUGUUUUCAUCGACAAUGUGUCCGUGGCGAAGCAUCUGCCGGCUGCAAGGGCAAAUCUCGGCGUCUGUCCCCAAAUCGACGCCUUGGACCAGAUGACUGUUCGAGAGCAUCUUGAAUUCUAUGCUCAGAUUCGAGGCGUUUCCAAUGUCGAACACAACGUCUCCGCAGUCCUGCAAGCCGUUGGCCUCAACGCCUUCUCAACACGCAUGGCGGCCAAACUUUCGGGCGGCAACAAGCGCAAACUCAGUCUGGGAAUUGCUCUCAUGGGCAACCCCGGUGUUCUCUUGCUUGAUGAGCCCUCGUCAGGUCUAGACGCCGCGUCAAAAAGAGUCAUGUGGAAGACGCUCGAGGCAACGGUUCCAGGCCGAUCCAUUCUGCUCACAACGCACAGCAUGGAAGAGGCCGAUGCCUUGGCUGGUCGAGUCGGCAUUCUAGCCAAGCGGAUGCUAGCUCUGGGUACGCCAGACGACUUGAGGCAUCGUUACGGUGACGCUCUGCAUGUCCACCUCGUGUCGAGCACGGCUCCUAGGACAACAGACGAAGAGAUGAACGUCAUAACGUCGUGGAUUCACGAGACCUUGCCGGCAGCCAAGCUCGAGUCGAAGAUGUACCACGGUCAGCUGCGAUUUUCGGUUCUCUCGAGCCAGGUCCUCUCUCUUACCGAGGACCCUAGUAACAACACGGUGACGCCCGUGGCACGCGACAUCAGUCAGGGCGCCAUUGGCCGACUCGUUGUCCUCUUGGAAGAGAACAAGGCGCGGCUUGGGAUCGAGCAUUACAGCGUUAGCACCACGACGCUCGACGAGGUGUUUUUGGAUAUCGUCGGUCAGCAUAACGUUCAGGAAGAGAAUCACGGAGACGCAGGACCAGGGGUUUGGAAAAGGUUGCUCAAGUCUGUAUCGUUUUGGCGUAACAGCGACACAUGAUGGAUACG